UAAAAUGCUGGUCUUGUUGUUUAAGUUAGUGGGCAGGUAUAAAAAUUCACUGGAGCUGUAAUAGAGGGUAAUGUCACUUUAAGACAUGUGAUACUUUACAGAGCAGGGAUGUAUCGAAACAGACUACUGAUACUUCAGGGCAACGUCUAGCAGCAGCCCAGCUUCCUCGGAACAUAUAGCGAGUUGCCUGACUGCACUGAAGGCAGGGGAACACGGAUGGUCCCUCAUUAAGACAGAAACUGAUUUUCAUCUGCAAGUACCCCGGGAACUGCACAUUACCUCAAGAUCACUCCAAAGGGCUCAUCAGGCAGAGGGGACUCUAGGAGAUGAUUUAAAGGUGAAGAUGACAAGGUUUCCACCCCUCAAAGCUUGGCUACUUUUCUGACAACACGGUCUGAGCUCUGAUGUCUUCUUUAUUCUGGAAAUAGGAUUGGUAACAAGAAAAAAAAAGAAAAAAGAUCUUUUUUUUUUUAAUCCUGAUAAAGAAGAUUAUUUAAAACCUCUUAUUGUGGUACACAUGGAUUUUAAAAAGUGUUAGAUCUUUCCAAUGAACACUAAUAGAGCAUUCUGCUCCUGGUUGGAUUACUCAGAGCAUGGCUAUGGUCUCUGCAAUGUCCUGGGUCCUGUAUUUGUGGAUAAGCGCUUGUGCAAUGCUCCUCUGUCAGGGAUCUCUGCAUCACACUUUCCAACAGCAUCACCUGCACAGACCAGAAGGAGGAACCUGUGAAGUUAUAGCUGCACACAGAUGUUGUAAUAAGAACCGCAUUGAAGAAAGGUCACAAACAGUAAAAUGUUCAUGUCUGCCUGGAAAAGUGGCUGGAACAACCAGAAACCGACCGUCCUGUGUCGAUGCUUCCAUAGUGAUUGGAAAAUGGUGGUGUGAGAUGGAGCCAUGUCUUGAAGGAGAAGAAUGUAAAACUCUUCCUGAUAAUUCCGGAUGGAUGUGCGCGACUGGCAAUAAGAUCAAGACCACUAGAAUUCAUCCAAGGACCUAAUGGACCCAGUCUUCAGAUGUAGUGGAGGGAAGCCACCACUACAUAGAAAACGACAUGUUUUAAGAAUUCAAACCAUCUUAAGCAUUUUCAAGCCAAAUGGAUUUCUUAUUUGCACUCUGACUGGUUACCAGCUAAUCACAGUGCUGUCACUGUGUGUAGUGAAAUGUCCCAUGGUGAAAACACCCAGGGUUUUGGCAGCGUGGCAGAAGAAAACAUGGAAGUUUUGGGGUUUUUUGUGAUUAUUAAGUAUGAACAACUGUCUUAUAAUUUGGAGCUACAGUUUACUUUCUACCAUUUAAAAUAUAUAUAUAAUAUUUUGAAAUAUAACAUAUUCUCUUCAAGAAACAAACAGUACCACAUGCCAAUGCAGCUUACAUACCACAGUUUUUUGUUUGUUUGGGCUUUUCUAGUUGGUUUGCUCUUUUUCUUAAUGGGAUGGAAGACCAUUGGAGAGACAAAGCAAUCACAGCAAAAUGGUCAACAGAAGGUGGUCUCCCAGAAUUCAAGGAAGCGCCAAGAUAUUUCAUCAAGAGCUUCCUUAUGUUUCUACUCAAUCACUCAAGGAAAUCCACGGUUGUCUUUUCUUGUGUUCUGAAGGCUUUCUCCCUUGUGCAAUACUAGCAUGCUGGCUUUGCUCUCAUAACCAUACUUUGUAUUCAAUUGAUAUAUGAUGACAGUUCUUAACCUCUUCGAGGAAAAUAUUUUUAGAAUUAUUAGCGACUCCACUAAGGAGACAAUGAAGAAUCUCAAGGAAGUGGCUAUAUGAUGCUCUUAGGACUCAGGCAGAGUUGGGGUGGAUCAUGGUUUCCCUUCUUCAUGAUGCCGUGUAAAUACAAUGUCUAAAGACUUUGUAGAGCUGUCCUCAUCUGCAGUAAAAAUUCCUCUGACUAACUCCA